CCAGUGAUUUUUUAAUUCCUUGGUAUUAAACUCUGCACAGAGAAUAAAUUAUAGUUUCUGUAACUCUUGAACCAAGGACUGCAUCCUCUAGAGACUUGGGUCUAAGAUCACUGUGGCCUCAUUGCCAAUAAUCCACCAUGUAUAUUCAGCAAGAUAGAGCUUGGACCCCUUUCUUAAAUGAUGGCAGACCACUAGGACAUUCUACAUGGUGGAGGUUUGCUGUCCUUUUACUAGAGAUGACAAAGCUGGAGAGAUCACAGUGAGAUCUUGAGUCCUAUGGGUAUAUCAUUGAUAAAUGAUUGUGGUCUUGCCUUCACUCACAUCUGAUUGCUUUUUUUAUAGUUGUCCUGGGUAUCAAGAAUUUCACCCCCCACUAAACCUCUCCUGUAGACCAGCCAUUCUCCAAUAUGAGUGAUUUGACAGAUGCAACACCCAUUGACGCUCAGUCAGAGACUGAAUUUCUGAAGGUGACAGAUAACCAGGACGGCACAGAGCGUCGCAUAGCUUACAAGAAGUCAUCGGGACAAAAUAGUCCAGGCAUUCUUUUUAUUGCUGGCUUUAUGUCCUGUAAAGAUGCCAAUAAACCCACUGCUCUUCAUAGCUUUUGUCAGAAACAAGGAAUUCCUUUUGUAAGAUUUGAUGCAACAGCACUUGGCGAAACGGAGGGCCCAAUAGAAUUAAAAGACGCUAGAUUUUCCCACUGGCUACAAGAUGCUGAGGAGGUGUUAGUACAUCUGACUGAAGGACCACAGCUUGUAAUAGGAUCCUCCAUGGGCGGAUGGAUUGCUUCUUGCCUUGCUAAAAGAUAUCCAGAAAAAAUAUGUGGACUUCUUCUCCUUGCACCAUCCAUCAACUUCUCAGAAUAUUACGUCCAGCGUUUGCGUAAGAAUGCACCACCUGAACUGUUGGAAGUAUUAGAAAAGGGUGAGAGCUUUGAAUACAAUGAUCCCAAGUAUGGACCUUACCCUCUGUCUUUAAGGGUGUUUCAAGAAAUGGUUCCUUAUGAGCUUCCCCUGGAGGAAGACGGAGGAUACCCUGUUCAAUGUCCAGUCCGCAUAAUCCAUGGUACUGAGGAUACCUACAGUCCUUACAUGAACUCACUGAAGCUGCUCACAGGCUUUGAGACAAAAGAUGUCCAGCUAACCUACAUAAAAGGAACAGGCCAUCACUUGGAUGACCCUGACAGUCUUGAAAUGAUUUACAAGACGAUUCUAAGCAUGAUGAGCAUUUUACAGUCAAAAUUGUAGCAAUGCUAAGUGAUAGGCCCAUAUUACCAACAACAGGGAAGCAAGCCAUCAGAGAUUUUCUGUUCUUAUUAAACCAAAGAAAGUAGAUAUAAAGGAUAUCACUAAAAAAUACUUGUAAUUGUGAAAUACCUCUUUUUUGACUGACUCCAGAUUUGUUACUUUUUUAGCAACUUUGGUUUGUGUAGAUUAAUUGUAAUUUCUCUUGUAUUUAUAAAUUCAUUUUUAAUAUUCUAGACUAUGUAACAGUUACAGGUAUAUCAUAUGUAGAAAAGUGUAUAUGAGAUUACUUUAUAGUUUCCAUUUAUUUGUAACUUAUGUUGUAAGUUCAAGUGAUUACUUAACAUUUAAUACUAAUAAUUUUAUAUAUUUAUUUAAAGAUAAUAUUAUUAGGUAAAUUUUAAGAUAUGCCUAUAUCUAUCUAUCUAUCUAU